AUGAUUUCUGUGGUGGAGAUAAAUGAACCAGCCGUAGAGCCAAGUGCGUUUAAAGAAGAUGCACUAGAAAAGGCAUUGAUGUUAUUCAAUUAUUUGGAACUUGAAGAAGAGGAAGAAAAGCUCUUAAGGGUGCUGAGGGAGAACAAGCAUGCCAUUGGUUGGACAAUGUCUGACAUAAAGGGUAUUAGCACUGCAUUCUACAUGCACACAAUACUCAUGGAUGAGGGAUACAAGCCUAGCGUAGAGUAUCAACGCCGCCUGAAUCCAAUCAUUAAAGACGUUGUAAGAAAAGAAGUGAUUAAGUGGCUCGAUGUAGUUAUAGUAUUUCCUAUCUCCGACAUGCUGGGGCACAAGGUGUCCAAAGAUGGACUGGAAGUUGACAAGGCUAAGGUGGAAGCAAUUGAAAAGUUUCCACCACCGAUUUUAGUGAAAGGAGUUAGGAUUUUUCUGGGACAUGCAGCAUUCGAGGAGCUGAAAACAAAGUUAGUGAGUGCACCAAUCAUAGUGGCUCCUGACUGGAAAGAGCCAUUUGAGCUGAUGUGUGACACUAGUGAUGGUGCAAUUGGGGUCGUAUUGGGCCAGAAGAGGAGAAAAAUAUUUCACUCCAUUUACUACACAAGCAAGACUCUCACUCCUGCUCAAAUAAAUUAUACUGUGACAAAAAAGGAGUUGCUUGUUGUAGUGUGGGCAUUCGAUAAAUUUCGGGCCUAUUUGGUUGGCACCAAAGUCAUCGUCUACACAGACCAUGCAUCCAUCAGGUAUUUGUUUGAAAAGAAAGAUGCUAAACCAAGGCUAAUCCGUUGGGUUUUACUCUUGCAUGAAUUUGACUUGGAGAUUCGAGACCGUAAAGGAACAGAGAAUCAAGUGGCUGAUCAUUUGUCCAGGUUAGAAAAUGUAGCUGAGGGAGAUGUCAUCAAUGAAACAUUUCUGGAUGAGCAAUUGUUGGCCAUUACUGCUGGGGAGGUGCUAUGGUAUGAUGAUUUUGUAAACUAUUUGGCAAGUGGAGAAAUGCCACCUAAUUUUGAACCUCAUGCUAAAAAGAAGUUCUUGCGAGAUGUGAGAUCAUAUAUAUGGGAUGAGCCGUUUCUGUUCAAAUCUUGUAUUGAUCAGUUAAUGAGAAGAUGUGUGCCCGAAUCUGAAAUAAAUGCUAUCUUAUAUGACUGUCAUGCGUUGCCUUAUGGUGGUCAUCAUGCGGGUAACAAAACGGCAUCCAAGAUGUUACAAUCGGGUUUCUAUUGGCCUAGGGUGUUUAAAGAUGCCCAUGAGUUCAUGAGGAGAGAGAUAAAGCUGAUCCUGGAGAAGACGGUUAGUGUAAGUAGGAAAGAUUGGGCUGCAAAACUUGAUGAUGCUCUAUGGGCAUACCAGACCGCCUACAAAACUCCAAUCAGAACCUCCCCGUACAAGCUGGUUUAUGGGAAGAUAGAUUCGCUACCAAUAGGACAGCUGAUCGCGACUGGAAUACCAGAUCAUUGCAGUAGAAAUCGGGCUCCCGAGACUCCUCCUACCCCAGCGAAAAAGAUGAAGGUAUCAGUGACCCAUAGCAAGAGACUUUGGGAAGUCGCUGAUAAUGACAUUACCUUCACGGAGGAGGAUAGAGAUGGACUCUUACUACCACACAACGAUGCCCUGGAAGUUCAGCCAAUAUUUUCCAAUGGAGAGUGCUUGAUCUUUCAAGCUGACUGGAAGUAUCAUUUCGACCACAAAGCACCUUGCCAGGUUCAAUUUGGCAAGCGUGACAACCCUAGGAGAAAUUCUGUUUCCUACGAAUGCCAAAGGGGUGAUGAAUACCGAUCUUUUUGA